AUUCCCAGUCAGUCGUGUUUCUGCCGACCGAGAGUGAACUCCUCGCUGCAGAGUGCUUGUGCGUGUCAAUGGAGACAAGUGGGUGAGGCGCAACUCUUUUGUGCACGAUGAGCCGCGAUAAUAUUAUUGUAGCCAAUGAGGAGGAUUUCUUGGAGGAUCCCGGCAAGCAUCGCGAGAAAUGGCCAAAUAUUCGUGAGAUUGUAGAGCGGAAGGCGAGGAAGAUGUGUCGCGUGGAGACAGUCACGAAGCGCCUUCCGGUUCUGCAGUGGAUGCCAAAGUAUCGUAGAGAAUUCCUCUUUCCGGACAUUGUGGCGGGCAUCACGGUUGCCCUCACAGCCAUCCCGCAGGGAAUUGCUUAUGCUGUUGUAGCGGGUUUGGAGCCACAGCAUGGGCUGUACUCAGAGCUCAUACCCAGCUUCGUUUACUUCGUCCUGGGCAGCUGCAAAGACAUUACAAUUGGACCAACAGCCAUCAUGGCUCUCCUCGUGCAGCCACAUGCCCUCAAAAACCCAGACUUUGCCUACUUAUCUGCCUUCCUCACGGGUGUCAUCAUCCUAGCCAUGGCUAUCCUCCACCUGGGCUUCCUCGUACAAUUUAUCUCCAUUCCCGUCACCGUUGGAUUCUGCACAGCAGCUGCACUCACCAUUGCCACGGCUCAAGUAAAAUCCCUCCUUGGGCUUCCGGGGCGUGGGAAUGAAUUCAUCGAAAGCUGGCAGAGUGUCUUUGAGCACAUAGGUGACAUUAAACUCUGGGAUACCCUCCUGGGGGUGUCCUCAAUCAUCCUCCUCCUACUUCUACGGAAAACAAAAGACAUUCCAAAGUAUAAGACAUUCUUUAAAUUCGUCUCCAUUUCCCGGAAUGCCAUUAUCGUCAUUAUUGGUACACUUCUGGCAUUCCUGCUGGAGAAAUUCAAUGGGGAAGUUCCAUUUGCCCUAACAGGAUCAGUAGCAUCGGGCUUUCCACCAUUUACCCCACCACCAUUCACAACAACCAUUGGCAAUGAUACGUUAAAUUUCCAGGAGAUGGUUGCUGAACUAGGGACAUCCAUAAUCUCCGUUCCUGUUAUCUCUGUCCUCGAGAUUGUGGCUGUGGCAAAAGCUUUCUCUCUGGGAAAGAAUGUUGAUGCAACACAGGAGAUGAUUGCUCUGGGAUUUAGCAAUAUUCUAGCAUCCUUUGUGGCAUCAAUCCCUCUGUCGGGAUCCUUUACGAGGAGUGCACUGAAUAAUGCAUGUGGGGUGUGUACGACUGGUGGGGGGAUCCUAACAGGGAUAAUCGUACUCCUGGCCAUUGGAUUCCUCACAACAACCUUCUACUACAUCCCAAAGGCAUCCCUUGCGUCUGUGAUUAUGGUUGCCAUGUACUUUAUGAUUGAUUUUGGGGCCCUCAGGGAUAUCUGGAGGACAAGAAGAGUCGACAUAAUUCCCUUCUUGGUCACAGUGAUUGCUUGUUUAGUGUGGGGAGUUGAUUUGGGUAUUGUGGCGGGAAUUGCCAGCAACCUUCUCUUCAUCAUCUACGACACUGCACGUCCGCGAAUCCUGUUUAAGUGGUUCAAGGUAGAUAAUGACGAGAUUCUUGUGGUGACACCGAAUCAGAGUCUCAUUUUCUCGUCGGCGGAACACUUUAAGAAUCGCCUAACGAAGAAGGUGAUUGCCCAAUCCAAUCCAAAUCUUCUCGUCAUCAUUGAUGGGCAUUUUGUCCAAAAGAUAGACACCACGGCGGCACAGAACAUGUACUCGGCCGUUCGUAGCCUCACGGAUCUGUGUAGAGGAAUGAUCUUCUGGAACUGGAGCAGUCAGGCACAGGGUGCCGCAUGGCGUCUCAAUAGAGCCUUCGGAGCACUAUUUCGCGAUGCAACCAGCCUAGAAGAGUUACUUCGUGGGGUAAAAUAGCACACACUUCCUAUAUUUUAAUUAUGUAAAUCGCAUCUUCGUCAUAUUAAUCGUUUUCCUUUUUUUAUAUCCUAUGUAUUAUGUACAAGAACAUUUCCCCUUCUUAUUUACUGCAAAAAUUAUUUUCUUAUAUGCUAUGUAAAAUGUAUAUACACAUGUAAUAUAGAGUGAGGCAAAAAAAAAAGAAUUUGGCACCUGA